AUGCCAGCAAGUCUAACCAGUGAUGUUUCUGAGGUGGUGUUGCUAGUGGAUACAGAUGCCGAAGUGUCUGAGCCGGCGGCCGUUGCCACAAACGGGGAGAGGGUGCAGGCGACGAGGUGUUUGACCGGCGAUGUGCAGAGCGGCCCGAGCCGGGGUCCCGGUGUGGCGGCUCCCGUCGGCGGCGUUGCCGUGGACGCUGGCGCCCGGGCGGCACAGGGGGAGGGCGAGAUCUGGUACAACCCCAUCCCGGAGGACGAGGACGUGGUGCCGGUGGUGAGGAGGCCGGGAGGCAGCAAGGUGCAGUGGUGCGUGGAGCUGCCCUGCCCCACGGAGGCCGAGACCAGCGACUGCCCCAAGAAGCCCAUCCCUGCCGUGACCCCCGGCGGCACAGACACUGUCCCAGAGCCACCGCCGAUUAGACCUCGCACUGAGUCCUCACCGCCCACACACCGCCCACCCCCGGUACAGCCCACUGCCGUCUCUUGGGGUAACAUCCAACCGGGAGCCAGUCUACAGCGACCCAAACUCUCAGACGGCGCGGCAGAGCCCCAGCCAGACGGCUCCAGCCCCAAGGCGGGGAGCAGGAAGGUGUGCGGGGCGCAGCGCUCGCUGUCGGAGCGGGUCAAGUCCCCGGGGACGGUGCGCAAGUUGUCGUUGCGGAUGAAGAGGUUGCCGGAGCUGCGGCGGCGCCUGAGCCUGCGGGGGACGGCGAGGGGAGGGGGGCGGCAGGAGGGUGGUGGUGGUGGGGGGCAGCCCCCUCCGGCCGCUCCAGCCCCUCCGGCCGCCGACCACAACGUGAUCUGCCGCUACCACUUGGACAGCAGCGUCAAGGCCCGGGGUGGAGGGUCCAAGAAGCAGCGUGGUCUCCGCUCCAUGACCCGGCAGGGCUACCUCAGCGACGGGGACUCUCCGGAGCUGGUGGCCAAAGGGGAGAAGCCGGGCGGCUGGUCCAGGCUGGACACCGGGGCUUUCCGCCCCUACCCCGGCUCCGAGCAGCCCCGCUGCCCCCAACACCUCUCCGGCCUCAUCCACCUGCGGCUGCUGGGCAUCGAGGGGCUGAGAUCGCCCCGGGCCGCCCCGGGACACGUCUUCUGCGCCGUGCAGGUGGACUCGGUCAGCAAAGCCCGCACGGCACUGCUCGCCUGCAGGCAGCCCUUCCUCAGCCUGGACCACAGCUUCAACAUCGGCCUGGAGCGCUCACGGACUCUCACCCUGCUCGUCUAUGCAUGGGAGCCCGGCUCCUGCCGCAACCGCCUCUGCUGCCACGGAUCCGCACUCCUGCCGCCCCUCUUCCGCGGAGCCCGCUCGCACCAGCUCGCCCUACAGAUGGAGCCUCGGGGCGUGUUCUACCUGAAGGUGUCUCUGGUGGAAACGUGGGAGGUGCCGGCCGGUGGCGGGGACGAGACUCAGGAGCCCCGGGUGUUCAGGGUGGACAUCAGCGAGCUGGUGGAGAGGGAACGGUCGGCGGUCAGCGUCCCCUUGCUGAUACAGAAGUGCGUCUCGGAGAUCGAGCGGCGAGGACUGAAGGCUGUAGGUCUAUACCGACUUUGUGGGUCAGCUGCCGUUAAGAAGGAACUGCGAGACACCUUUGAACGUGACAGUGCCGCUGUGAAUCUCUCUGAGGAAACCUAUCCCGACAUCAAUGUAAUCACAGGCAUCCUGAAGGACUACCUGCGGGAGCUGCCAUCUCCCCUCAUCACGAGGACCCUGUAUGAUGUGGUGCUUGAAGCCACGACCUCCUGGCCCCUGAAGAUGACCAACGGGGUGCCCGAUGCCAGCCUCUGCUCCGUCAAUGCUGUGGGUCUGCUCGACUGCCUCCCGCCCGCUGAGAAGGCCACGCUGACCCUACUCCUUGACCACCUCAGCCUAGUGGCCUCCCUGCAGGAGUCCAACAAGAUGACGUGCCAGAACCUGGCGGUGUGCUUUGGACCCGUUCUCCUUGGCCAGAAGCAGGAGAGCUCCCAGCACGGUUCCUCCACCUUCUCCCACUCCAAGGAACUGGCCAGUGCUCUGGACUUCAAGAGGCACAUCGAGGUGUUGCACUAUCUGCUCCAACUGUGGCCCAGUGAGCGAUCCAAAGACAAGCGGGACGGGUUGGAACAGCAGCGGGCAGGCGAGUGUCCGCGUGCAAGACCCCAGGCGCCUGCGGCCGAGGAGGUGGUGUGCCGGAACCGUGUGGGCCGCUCGACAAGCUCGUCCCGCUACCGACACGCCGGCGACUGGAGCAGCUGCGGCCGGAACUACCUGCGGCCGGCGGGCGGUCAGGAGGUGGACCAAGGCCCCGCACUGGGCACCAACGUCCUGGGCUCGCAGCAACCUGCUGACAAGCAAGAUGGCGGCCGAUGUCGCACUGACGGACAAGAUGGCCGCCAACACCACGCGGAGGGGCAAGAUGGCCGACAACUGGACGCAGACACACAAGAUGGUCGCCCCCCACAGCACGCGGACACACAAGAUGGCAGCCAAUGUCACACGGACAAACAAGAUGGCCGUCUACAGCAGGGGGAUAAGCAAGAUGGCCGCCAACAACACAUGGAUGAAAAAGAUGGUGGCCAACAACACAUGGAGGGGCAAGAUGGCUGCCUACUGCACGGGGACAAGCAAGAUGGUGGCCAGCACCACGUGGACAGACUAGACGGCGGCUCAAUCCCCAGCAACAGGCAAGAUGGCGGUUCGAAUCCCACCAGUGGGCGCAAUUGCGACUUGUUACCGGUCAACGGACAGGGUGACAGUUUGUUUCCGGGCGCCGGCCAAGAUGGCAACUCGUUCAGUGACGAUGAUGAGUUGGACUUUGAGUCGUGUUUCAGCGGCAGGACCAAGGAGUUUGACAGUUUGAUCGCUGACAUUGAGCGGGAGCUGGCCAAGAAGAUCAUCUUCCUGUGAGGAGAAUGGACAGGUCGGAGGUCGGGGCCAGACGCGGGCGGCCGUGGGCGUGGGCUCUCCCACACGCUGCCCGCGUGGCCCAGUGUGCAAUAACACGGUUGCCUGGCAACACGAGCGUCACGCAUGUUCACAUGUAUGUUUCCCAAUGUAGCGUGUGCAUGGUCUUCCUUCAUUCUGUCUCCCUGGGGGUUUGGUAGGGAGGGUGUCCCACAGACUGUUACUAUCCCCCCCCCCUCCCCUCAAUCAACGAUCAGCGGCCCCUCCCUCCCUCCCUGAUCUGAGGCCCACCCCCUCCCUUCCUUCCCCACCCCUCCCACACCCAGACCAGUGCCCUUCCAGCCCUAGGCUGUGAUUCCCUCAAAG